AUUCAGUCAUUACAAAACGACUUCUAGCAAGUGUUAAAAAGUAAAACUUAAGAAAAUAUUGGUUCUUCCGAUUCUUCUGUGCUUCACUGCUGGUGCAUUUGCUCAGUCAUCAGGAUAUUCUUCAUCAUCAGCGCAUUCGUCAUCGUCAGCAUCUUCGUCUGCCUCUACUGGACCAGCUUACGUUUAUCCUCCUGUAACCAAUCCUGGUCCUUGUCCCUACGUUGCUGGAGAAACACCUGAUUUUGAACGUAUGGCCGGAGCUUGGUAUGAAGCCGAACGUAGCACUAAUAAUUACGAUGGUAUGGACGAGUGUACCAGAUUUGUUUGGUACCCACAACCCCAGAACAACUCUGCCAUACUUAUAUACAACGCAGUUUCCGGAUUGUACGAUAUGACUUCUAAAACAAUUUCCGUAGCCGACCCGACCAACGAAGGAAUAGCUAUUACUUACCAUGUUCCAACUCUUGGUAACGUUGUCAGAAACCGUGUCUUCCUUGAUGUUAAUUACGAUGACCAUGUGAUUUUCUACACUUGUGAAGAAAUAGGAGGCGGACACUAUGAAACAGCCUGGGUCCAUUCGCGUAACCGAACAACUGGUCCUAGAAUGGAGGCCAUCUUGAAAGAUGCUUUCGCUAGAUACAACCUCAAUGUACCAGUUAUGCACACCCAGGACAAUUCAGCUUGUAACUACGACAGUUAUGACGUAACCUGUGCUUAGUAAGCUUUGUUACGA